UCCGUUCUUUUAUUUUAUAGCUUUGCUAGCUUGCUAACCUUUGUUCUACUUCUCUCUCUCUCUCUCUCCCUCUCCCUAUCUCAUUUUUUAUGGAGGCAGUUCUUUGCAAAGAGAUAAUAAUAUCAUAGUAGGAGGAGAAAAAAGAUCAAAUGGGACAAAGAUCAAAUUCCAAUACUACUAUUCCGUCUCAAACAUCAAUAUUCAAGAAGAAGAUGAGCAAAAAAGUGGUUAAGGAAAACGUGGUUUAAAAGUGACAAGCUUGGUUUGCUUGUCUGCUUUGCUUGCUUUAAGCGUUUUCAGUUUUUGUUUUUGGGUUUGCUUAGUUUUGUGAGAGAAAAAGAAAGAGAGAGUGAGAGAGUUGUGUGUAUUUGGAAGAGGUGGAGGAAAUUACAAGAAAGCUUGGGGUUUGGGAUGAGCCUCAGAGCAAAAACGGCAGAGAGAUCAUGACAUGGUGCAAUGACUCAGACGACGAGAGGGCCAUUCAGAUUAUCACCCCUCCUCCCCCUCCUCCUCCUCCUCAUAACAAUAACGAAUUUCGGAACAUAACAUGCCCCUCUUGUGGCCACCACAUAGAAUUCCAAGACCAGGCAGGGAUUCAUGAUUUGCCUGGACUACCAGCAGGGGUGAAAUUUGAUCCAACUGACCAAGAAAUUCUUCAACACUUGGAGGCAAAAGUGCUGUCUGAUACCAGAAAACUUCAUCCUCUCAUUGAUGAAUUCAUACCAACCCUUGAGGGGGAGAAUGGGAUUUGCUAUACUCACCCAGAAAAGCUACCAGGAGUGAACAAAGAUGGACAAAUCCGGCACUUCUUUCACCGGCCCUCCAAGGCAUACACAACCGGGACUCGAAAGCGAAGGAAGGUUCACACCGAAGAAGAUGGAAGCGAGACGAGGUGGCACAAGACAGGGAAGACAAGGCCAGUCCUUGUUGGUGGAGCAGUUAAGGGUUUCAAGAAGAUCCUGGUCCUCUACACCAACUACGGCAGGCAAAGGAAGCCUGAAAAGACCAAUUGGGUGAUGCACCAAUACCACCUUGGCAACAAUGAAGAAGAGAAAGAUGGGGAGCUGGUGGUCUCAAAAGUCUUUUACCAAACACAGCCCAGGCAAUGUGGUUCAAGCAUCAAAGAUGUUCCAAUGUUUGAUCACCACAAAGGUGUGAAUAUACGAGGUGGGCAUGGGCAUGAUCCUCUUCCUAUAGCAAAGAAGGCUGGCCUUGUGGAGUAUUAUAAUCCUGGAGGAGGUUUUAUUAAUUAUGAUCACCAUAAUCUUCAUAACCAGGGGGGACAUAAUAGAGAAAGCCCACCUCAACUAAUCCCGAAUUUAGUUGUCCAAGGUGACGGGUCUUCGUUUAUUCGAUUAACUGCAGAUGCAAGCAAAGGAAAGCUUGAGAGAAAAUAGUCCAUGGGUGGCCAUGGAUCUUGGAUAUUGGAUAUUGGAUAUGGAUGGAAGAGCUUUUUCAGUUGAGGUAGCUUUAUAUAUAGCUAGGGCAGCAAUGACAAUGACUCUCUCAUGGUGGUGGUGGUUGGUGUUGCUGUGUAAAAAAGUUUUACUACUCAUGAUGAUCAAAUAAGUUAUUACAAGAUUGAGAUUUUUUAUAACAAAAAAAAAAUAAGAAUUAUUAUAUAUACACAGACAAUUAUAUUGGAUAUUUUUAACUACUUAUAUUAAUAUUAUACUGUGAUCCUGAAGUUUAUGAUGACCAGUUGAUCGGGGAUUAGAUAGGAUAAUGAUGUUUUUCUUUUCUUUUGGAA